CAAAGCGCAGAUGAUGAGAAAUUAGUCUUUUAAUCUUCUGUUUAGCCUUGCCUGUCAUUAUAGCUCUCUAGCGUCCCCAGCUGGAGGAUGACGUGGGCAGGGUCACAAUUUCAGCUGAUUUAGAAUUCAGCCCAUUGAGGGGGAUGAUUCAGAACGAGAAAAAUUGCGACAGAGAGCAGCAAAAGGUCAUUGUUUCAAUCUCUCUACUCCAGUAUUUUUACAGGAUAUUCUUUUUAUCCAGGUAUUUGGCCGCAAUUGCUAAAUCAAUGGUAUGGUCAUGACAAAUAGCAAUAUUGUGCUAAAUAGAAUAUGAAAUACUAAAAAUGCAUUUAUUCAAUACAACAGGGCAAAAUUACUGCAUAAUGUUCAAAGCUGUCGACUUCUUGCACCUCCCGAACGGUAUUUUAUGCCACCGGAUUUAGUCAGGCUUUUGUCAUUUCCCAGCCCUGGCUUCGGAGAUGGAGAAAAGAGCGUAAACAAAGCAGGAGGCGUGACAGCUAGCCGACAUGCUAACCCAAACCGAGCGGCAUUUUUUUUUUUCUGCAACGGGAAGGGGAAAUGCCGAAAAUGACAAUUUACACAAAAACAUCACAACUCAUGUCACACACGGCGGCGGGGUUGAUUGUCUUGACCGAUCGGCCGGCCCACGGUAGAGGGCAGGCAGUGCUCGUUGCCGGGGAGAGAAGGGGAAACGCCGAAAAUGUAAAAAAAACAGGAGUAGUAUGAUCACCCACAAAAUGCAAGCCACCUCCCUAUUAAAACGUUUACCAUGAUCCCAGCAUUUGACAUAAUAUAAAACACGAAGCUUACUCACUUAGUCAUCCGUCCACUGGUCUCGUGAUUGUCGGACUUGUUUUGCCCAUCGCGGUGAACAAGAAUCUUUUGGAAAUCCAAAAAGCCUCAUACCACUCUUCCUAGUGCAACAACAAAAGCCUGCAGCACAUUGGACUGGCGUGAUGUGAAAAAUAAACAAAAUUAAUCCGCAAAAUCAGCUGAAUCCUCAGUCCACCUGCAUGCUGUAAAACAUUGGAUAUGUUUUGAGAUGCCGACCCAGGAAUGUCGCAUUUGCAUUCUUCCUCAACCCGAGACUGGAGCUGGAAGUCACUAAUUUUCAUGGCGCUGGAUUUAAAAAAUUGAAAUAAUAAAACGAUGGCGUCCACACACAUCCAAGCGGUCCAUAUCAUUCAGGAGCAUAAAAUACCGCGUGAAAUAGGAAAUAAACUUGAUUUUUGUUGUCAUAGGCACUUUAGGGUUCAUUAGCAAUUCAUACAGUGAAAGUUUUUCCAUUCAAUUAAGAGCCACUGUCAGCUUGGCGUGACCCAGUCACUUACAGCUCACACAUAACAAAAGGAUAAUCCCACCAGCAUGUCUCAUCGUUCAGUUUCGGAAGCUUCUGCAAAGCCUCUCUGUGGUCUAUGAAGGAGGAGACCGGAUUACAGCCCUUAGGACAUUACAGGCUGUCUCAUGAUCCCACCACAGUGGUGGACGGCGAGCAGCAACGACAGUGACACCUGAAAAGCGUUGGGAGAUAUGGGCAACAUCACCUGAGAGUGCUUUCACACCAACUCUAUUGCCUCCUCCUUCUUUGUAGGACUGUUGUUAACGAACGUCAUUAUGUAUUUGAACAACAAGAACAGUGCAGAGCACAACAAAACCAACCUAAAAUCAUCUAAACGAAAGGCUUUAGCAAAGACUCCGAACAAAGCAGGGGGUCCCCCUCGACAACACACGGAGAAGGUGUUAAAGCGAACAUCCCGGAAUGUCAUGGAAAAGAGCAAGAACCCAGAAAGGAAGGAGAGCAGAGCUGAACAUGAGGUAGUGCAGCACACUGCAUUUUCCAAGGCGUCCCAUGACCUGAGUCACUCAGAGAGAGUAAUGGACGAGCUCACCUUUGGGCGACGAGUGGGCUUCUAUGAACUCAGAGGGGAGAUUGGAUCGGGGAACUUCUCCCAGGUCCGACUCGGAAUACAUGACCUGACCAAAGAGCGAGUGGCGGUGAAAAUCCUGGACAAGGCGCGCCUGGACAAGUGUUCCCAAGUGCUGUUCGCCUCAGAAAUCUUGUGCAUGGAGAAGCUUGUGCACCCAAACAUCGUGCGUCUCUACGAAGUAGUGGAGACCAACAAGAGGCUUUAUCUGGUCAUGGAGUACGCCAGUGGAGGGGAGCUUUUCUCACGCAUCUGCACUAGGGGGCGCCUCUCCGACAGGGAGAGCAAGCUGGUGUUUGCUCAGCUGCUGGCAGCAAUCAAGCACAUGCAUGACAGCAACAUCGUACACCGUGACAUGAAGGCGGAAAAUGUGUUGUUCACUAGCAUGUGCUGCGUCAAAGUGGGCGACUUCGGCUUCAGUACAUGGUGCCGCCCCGAUGACGUGCUGCACACGUUCUGCGGCUCCCCGCCGUACGCCGCGCCCGAGCUCUUUGGCCGCUGUGGUUACGUUGGCCGCUAUGUGGACAUGUGGGCUUUGGGCGUCCUGCUCUACUUUAUGACCACUGCCACCAUGCCCUUCAGAGCCACCAACACGAGUAGGCUGAGGCGCUGCAUUCUGCAAGGCUCCUACAGCAUCCCCUCCUAUGUGCCUGGACCCUGCAGGGAGGUCAUCCGGGGCCUGCUGAGACCAGUGCCCGCGGACCGCAUCAGCGUGGCUAAAAUCAUGAUGGGCGAGUGGAUGAAGGGUCUGGACUACCCCGAAGCGUAUCUCGCUUGCCGCCCUACACCCUCGCACCUCGCCGUGCCGUCCACAGUCCUCAGCUCAGACGACCUGAGAGUCAAAGCGGCGCUGGAAGAGCUGGGCGUCACAGAGCGCCACCUUCUGGACAACAGUCGAGACUUGAGGAGCCCCGUCACCGGUGCCUACCGGAUCCUGUUGCACCGCCUCCAGAGAAAGACGUCGGUGGAAGCAGCGGGCUAUGGUUACGUGAGCAUGACGGAGACGCGCAAUAAACUCAAGCAGCUGGACAAACGUACUUCUGCGAGCUGUUUGUAGGAGCGUUCCCGACAUUGUAACUGCAGCCAAUUCAAGCUCAUCAAGACUGUAUUUAAGCCCAGGUGAUCCAAGAGAAGGGUGCCGAGAUAUUAACUUGAUGGGCACUUGUUUUGAAAUCCCCUAUGUUGUGCUGGUAUUUGAGUGUAUUUGUUUUGUUGUCUUAUUGGCUCUCUGCCUACCGCUUAGGUUAGUAUCAUUGAUCCCCAUCGAUCUGCUGUCACGGACCCAUUGUGUUAUUCCCCCUUUUCCGCGAUCGCGUGUAUUUUUGUUUGUAUUUAAUAAACCCUUGAACUUUUGUUUGUAUUUAAUAAACCCUUGAACGCGUCCCUCAGUUGUUUUCUGCUUUGAGGUACAACCUUGUUUCCGCAGUUGCGGUACCUAACAUCGGCAACAAAAUAAACCACACAUUUCCAAAGAUGGACGAUAGAAUCUCUUCCUCGGUUCUACGGUCCAGUAGCAAUUUAAUUUCGUUAUGUUUUCCGUUUAAUUCGGCUAUUUGAGCUUGCUAUGUUGACAAUUGCGAUAUUUAUUUACCGCUUUUCGUCUUACUGCGAAGAAAGAGGAAGUGACGAUCAGCCAAUUUAACGCUUGCUUUCACAUAAGCCUCGUCCUGGGACUUUCCCGGGCAUUUUACGAAGACGCGACACGUGAAAUGUUCGCGUAAUCUUCGUGUCAGUGUACCUGGGAAAUUGCGUUCACGUACAUGGGCUGCAUGUUUAAAUCCCGGGAUUUUCACGGUGUUUCGGCAUGUGUGUGAAAGGGGCUUUGUAGACCGUGUUCUCAAUCAUGGCCUUACAAUGGCUGAGGCUGGUAGGAAGAAGUGCAGUCAAAUGUUGGGAGAACAAUUUCAAUCACAUUUCUACUUCUUUUUUAUUUGAAUAUAUUCUAAUUAUUUUUCUUUGUGCUGCACAGUGCUGUCUUUUUCAUUUCUGUAUUGCAAUGAUGUGGUCUGUCAACAAAUGUUGUAAUUAGAGAUGUCCCGAUCGAUCGGAUCCGAUCACAUCAUUUUCAAAGUAUCGGAAUCAGCAAAAAAAUAUCGGCCAUGCCUUUUUUUAAUAUAUUUAUAUAUAUUCAUUAAAUUGUUUUCUAAUUGUAUUUAACGUUACGGACAUAUGUUAUACUCAUCCAGAGUCUUUAGUUUAGGCUUAACGUAGGGUUAUCAAAAAUAACCCGAUAAUGGCGGCAAGUAAUUAAUUACAAAAUGUGUCAUGUUAAUUUUAACACUAUUAAUAUCUGCGCUGCACAACCUUCUCACUUAUUAUCGCGCUCAAUCUGUUAUGAAGCCAUUUUACGUGUAUAGAGAGAUACUAGACAGCGCAUAAUGAGUAGACUGAAUUAUGGCACCCUUUCAAACUGUACUGUAAUUGGCUAAUACCUUGUGAUCCCUCACCCUAUGAUUAAAUUUAUCAUGGGAUACAAUCUGUGGAAGCAAAGUGGGAAUAGAUCUUUGUCUUAACACCUUAAUUUAUUUCCCAAAGCAGAGAAGAUAUAUCCAUUGGUAGCACGACGCACAGUCAUGGUUUUACUUCCCAUCAUGGUUCCACUUUCCCAUCAUGCAUUGGGGCAUGCUGCAGUAUCAUUUACUGAAAGCUCAACAAAUACACUAGAUGGCAGUAUUUAGUCACAAUACACAAAGUCACAAGUCUUUCUAUCCGUGGAUCCCUCUCACAGAAAGAAUGUUAAUAAUGUAAAUGCCAUCUUGAGGAUUUAUUGUCAUAAUAAACAAAUACAGUACUUAUGUACUGUAUGUUGAAUGUAUAUAUUCGUCCGAGUUUUAUUCAUUUUUUUCCUUAAUGCAUUGCCAAAAUGUAUAUGAUUGGGAAAAAUUAUCGGGAAUUAUUGCUUUUUUUUGCUCCCGAUUCAAUUCCAAUCGGAUCGGGAAAUAUCGGGAUCGGCAGAUACUCUAACUAAAACGAUCGGGAUCGGAUCGGGAGCAAAAAAACAUGAUCGGAACAACCCUAGUUAUAAUCAGUAAAAAUGUAAAGUAAGUCUUGUCCAGUCUCUUGCAAGCAAUUUACACCCUCCCAUGCACACUAAGGUGUAACUUAUAGUUGACAAUAAUUGUCAUCAAAACUUUAGCCAUCUUUUCCAUUAGAGCAUCUCUCCAGAAUACACUCUUAUAUUGACAACAAGACGAAGCAAUUUGACUGUCUUGUUCGAACGCAAUGACACAAGGACUAUCAUUCUGCUAGCACGGACAUGUUCAUUGACACAGGAUCUCAUUUCAAGAGAUGGAUGGAGAAUGAUUUUGAGGAAACUGGAUUUUGCAGGUAAUCCAUUGUGUUUUGAAUCUUGUACUAAUUGUUUUGAGAAAUGCACAAAUUGUUAUGCAAAUGGUAAGGAUGAUUCCAGAAAUGUACCAAAGCAACUGAGAAAUAGCCAAAAGAAACCAAAGCAUAGAUUUGAUUUUUAAUUUUUUUUGCUUCUAGACAUACCUUUGUUUAUAAGUUUCUAAUUUUUAAUGAAAAACAUAAAUACACAAAACUAUUAUACAGUAAUUCAAUUACUGUAUUUUAAGAGAAUGAGGAAAUUCU